CUGCUGCCUUCUCGGUUCUUCGACGGAGCUGGAACAGGAGAGUCCGACGACGACGACGGGGAGGUUGCCGGUGACUUCCCCUUCUUUCCCCCGGAGGUGGAGUUCGACGAUUUCGACGGCGACGGAGCCUUGGUCGGUGAUUUCUUCAGCGAGGCGCCCUUGGACGGAGCCUUGGCCGGUGCCUUCGAUUCCGCCUUCUCCGACGUUUUGAGUUCCUCCUCCUCGCCGUCUUCUUUCAAUUUCUUCUGCAUGGGAAGGAGUGAUGGUGGCGGAGGGGAGAGUGGCUCGUCGAAAAGCCACGGCUUCAAGGACCCUGCGUCCGCGACCACAACUGUGCCCAGAUCUGCAGGCUCGAGCAUUUCUCCGGCGGCGACUGCCAGGGUUUCCGCCGCCGUUGCUUCUGCACCAAGAAGUGCAAGUAAUGAUAUGAACGGUGCCCGGCCGGCCGGCGCCCUCUUUGUUUCAUUCUGUCCUGCAUGUGUGUUUCGUGUAAUAAGGCCGCCAGGCUAGACAGGUGAGAGUUGAGGGAAAAGUGGAGAAGAAGGCCAACAGUGCUAGGGUUGGGGGGGAGUUGGCCUAUUUAAGAGGUAGGCAAAACUACGUCGUAUCGUCUCGGUCGGUUAGCGUCGGUUAGCCGGUUAACCGACUUCGGUUUCUCGGCUAACUGCUUGACCACUGAUCCCUUCCGUCAACCGACCGUCCCUCUGUUUUUUCGGUUUUCGGUUA